AUGAAGAUAUCUUGCAAUAAAACAAACCCUCCAUUGGGAGGCCUGCUUGCAGCGGAGCUUUAUAGACCGUCAGUUAAAAAUAUUGAAAUAAUAUGGGGUAGCGAAUCCAGUGUCACUUUACCCAAUUCGUCUAAAGCUAUGCCAUAUGGAACAAGCAAUGACUUGAUAAGGAUACUUGAAAAUGCCUUUAAUAAAUCGUCUGGACCACUGCAGAAGGUCACUAUGAACCAUUGGCUGUCAUUUAGUCUUAUAUUAGAUGAAGAAAUUUCCAAAUCUAUUGAAUACCUGGAUAAGAUCCUUGGCCCCUUGACUUAUCUUGUUGGGGAGUCAAUAUCUGUUUCUGAUUUAGCAGUAUUUAGUGUUUUGCAUGUUUCCAGCAAAUUUAAAGAGAUUUCUACAAAAAAUCCUCCAACAAACAUUGCUCGAUGGAUGAAGUUGAUACAGGCUCAAGAAUUUGUGGGUAAGGCUCUUAGAGAAAUACCAACAGAUGUUCUGGAAAACCUUACUAAGGCUAGUACAAGAUCGCCAGCACAUAAAGAACCUGGGUCAGGUCGUUUAGCUGAGGGCAAGUUUGUUGAACUGCCUCAUGCUGAAAUGGGUAAAGUUAUUGUGAGAUUCCCUCCUGAAGCUUCUGGGUAUCUUCACAUUGGUCAUGCCAAGGCAGCUUUACUGAAUCAAUACUAUCAGCAAGCCUUUAAUGGAAAACUCAUUAUGAGAUUUGAUGACACAAAUCCUGCUAAAGAAAAUGCUGAAUUUGAAAAGGUUAUCUUAGAAGAUGUGGAAAUGUUAGAAAUAAAGCCAGACAUGUUUACGCACACAUCACAGUACUUUGACCUAAUGUUAGAAUACUGUGAAAAGCUCAUCAAGGAGGGCAAGGCGUUUGUGGAUGAUACACCAGCUGAACAGAUGAAAAAUGAAAGGGAUCAAAAAAUCGAAAGCAAGAACAGAAAUAAUUCUGUUGAAAAGAAUCUGCAAAUGUGGGAAGAGAUGAAAAAGGCAAGUUCCACAGGAGUGCAGUGUUGUGUGCGCGCCAAGAUCGAUAUGCAGUCAGCUAACGGAUGCUUGCGUGACCCCACUAUCUAUCGGUGCAAGCCGGAGACUCAUCCGCGUACUGGCACGAAAUAUAAAGUUUACCCGACAUACGACUUCGCUUGCCCAAUAGUAGAUGCUAUAGAAGGAGUGACUCAUGUCUUACGUACUAUGGAGUAUCAUGACCGUGACCCACAAUUCUAUUGGUUCAUAGACGUUCUUGGACUGAGAAAACCAUAUAUUUGGGAGUACAGCAGGUUGAGUAUGACCAACACAGUGCUAUCCAAAAGAAAACUUACAUGGUUUGUGGACCAAGGACUGGUUGAUGGAUGGGACGACCCGCGCAUGCCGACGGUGCGCGGCGUGCUGCGGCGCGGCAUGACGGUGGAGGCGCUGCGCCAGUUCAUCCACGCGCAGGGCUCCAGCCGCUCCGUCGUCUUCAUGGAGUGGGACAAGAUCUGGGCCAUCAACAAGAAGGUCAUCGACCCCAUAGCCCCACGCUAUACGGCUCUUGAAUCGAAACCAGUUCCAGUAAAUCUAAAAGGAGUAACUGCGGACAGCACUUUGUCUGUGGCGUUGCACCCUAAAAAUCCAGACGUAGGUUCAAAGACCGUUUGGGUGUCUCCGCGCUUGCUUAUAGAUCAGGUUGAUGCUGCAGCAUUAAAGGAGGGAGAGAACGCUACGUUCAUCAAUUAUGGGAACAUCAUGAUUGACAAAAUACAUAAGGCGGCAGACGGUACAGUGACUAGUAUUGAUGCUACACCCAAUUUAGAAAAUAAGGACUAUAAAAAAACCUUAAAGUUGACGUGGUUAGCUGAUACCCCGCAAUCACCAAUGGUGGAGACAUAUUGUGUAUUUUUCGAUCACAUUAUAUCUAAACCUGUUCUUGGAAAGGAUGAGGAUUUCAAGCAAUAUAUUGGACAUCAAACUAGGUGGGAAGUGUCGAUGUUGGGCGAGCCGGAACUGGGUAAAGUGCGCGUGGGCGACAUCAUCCAGCUGCAGAGGCGCGGCUUCUUCCGCGUGGACGCGGCGGCCGGCGCGCGCUCGCCGCACAGCGGCCGCGCCGCGCCGCUAGUGCUGCUGCACGUGCCCGACGGACACAGCAAGGACAUGCCCGGCCAGCCAAAAUCAGUUCAAAUAACUCAGGCUAAGCAGUCAGUGUCGACUGCGGCGUCAGCUGGCGACUCGAAUAAAUUGAACGAGGAUAUCACGAAACAGGGCGAACUGGUGCGUUCUCUCAAGGCUGCCAAGACUGAAAAAGCCAAAGUAGACGAGGCUGUCAAGAUCUUGCUGGAUCUGAAAGCCAAAUUCAAGGUUGCGACAGGACAGGACUGGAAGCCCGGAGCAGCGCCAGCACAGAAUAAAUCGCCAGCCGGUGAUGCCUCUACUUUGAAUCAAGAGAUUACAAAGCAAGGUGACCUGGUGCGGUCUCUAAAGACCGACAAGGCAAAUAAAACCAAAAUCGACGAGGCCGUUAAAAUUCUAUUGGACCUUAAAGCGAAGUACAAGGCAGUUACUGGACAGGACUGGAAGCCUGGCGCUGCUCCAGCACCUUCGCCAACGUCGACACCGUCUGGCGGUGCGUCAGAUUUGAACCAACAAAUUAUUCAACAAGGCGACUUAGUACGUUCCUUAAAAGCAAGCAAAGCCGACAAGACCAAGGUCGACGAAGCCGUGAAAAUCUUAUUGGAUCUCAAGGCGAAGUACAAAACUGCUACUGGACAGGAGUGGAAACCUUCACCACAGCAGACCAACGCAAAUCCUUCACCGGCGCCGCAACAGUCCAACGCGGAAGUCGAUGCUUUACUGUCAGCUAUCAGUGUUCAAGGAGACAAAGUCCGACAGCUCAAGUCGGCAAAGGCGGAGAAAUCUGUCGUAGACGUAGAGGUUAAAAAUCUUCUGAACUUAAAAGCACAGUACAAGUCCAUCACCGGCAAGGAUUGGUCGCCAAACGCCGCUCCUUCAAAGGAAGUCAGCAAAAACAACGCGAAAAAGGAAGAAACCGCGGUACCACCCAAAAACACUAUGGAAGAGAAGGGAAGUGCUUUGGCAGCGGAAAUUACUCGUCAAGGAGAUCGUGUCAGGGAGCUAAAGGCCAAUAAGGCGGAUAAGGCUACUAUCGACGCAGAAGUUAAGAAGCUUCUAGAACUGAAAGCGCAGUACCAAGCAGAAACCGGCACAGCUUAUGCUGCGCCCGCUCAAUCGAGAGAAGCCAAGCCCAAAGAAAAGAAAGAGAAGCCUAAAGAAGUAAAGAAGGAGCCCAAGGCGAAAGAACCAUCACCGAAACCUGCCAAAGAGGAGUCAUCGACCGGUGUGAAGAAAGUAACCCGUCUAGGUCUGGAGGCGAGUAAGGAUACAGACCUUCCCGAAUGGUACUCGCAGGUCAUCACUAAAUCGGAGAUGAUAGACUACUAUGAUAUCUCCGGCUGCUAUAUCCUGCGACCGUGGUCGUACAGCAUAUGGGACCAGAUUAGGAGCUUCCUCAGUCCAGAGCUGAAAAAACUCGGCGUCAAAGAUGGUUACUUCCCCAUAUUCGUGUCUAAGGCGGCGUUGGAGCGCGAGAAGACGCACAUAGCGGACUUCGCGCCGGAGGUGGCGUGGGUCACGCACUCGGGCUCCUCCGAGCUGGCCGAGCACAUCGCCAUCCGCCCCACCUCCGAGACCGCCAUGUACCCGGCCUACGCGCGCUGGAUCCAGAGCCACCGCGACCUGCCCUACAGGCUCAACCAGUGGAACAACGUGGUCAGAUGGGAGUUCAAACAGCCCCAACCAUUCCUUCGUACGCGUGAGUUCCUGUGGCAAGAGGGUCACACAGCUUUCCGCACACCUGAGGAGGCAGGGGAAGAAGUCCUACAAAUUUUAGACUUGUACGCGCGAAUCUACGAAGAGUUGCUUGCCAUCCCCGUGAUAAAGGGUCGCAAAACGGAGAAGGAGAAAUUCGCUGGCGCCGAUUAUACGACAACCGUAGAGGCGUACGUGCCGGCCAGCGGAAGAGGCAUACAGGGUGCAACAAGUCACCACCUCGGCCAGAACUUCUCGAAGAUGUUUGAAAUCGUAUACGAUGACCCCGACACACAAGAGAAGAAAUACGUUUACCAGAACUCGUGGGGAAUCACUACUAGAACUAUUGGUGUAAUGAUCUUGGUGCACGGUGAUGACAGAGGCUUAGUGCUGCCUCCCCGUGUGGCCGAAAUACAAGCCAUUGUAGUGCCCUGUGGUAUCACUGCCUCUAGCACCACCGAGGAACGGAAGAAGCUGAUCGACUCAUGCAAGGAGCUGGUGAAUGACCUCGUGAAGGCUGGUAUCAGAGCCGAUGGAGAUUAUAGGGAUAAUUACUCGCCUGGUUGGAAGUUCAACCAUUGGGAAUUAAAGGGUGUCCCAGUACGAGUGGAGUUGGGUCCUAAGGAUAUGUCUCGCGGCGAAGUGGUGGCUGUACGUCGGCUCACUGGUGACAAGCGCACGAUCAAACGGGACGCGGUCGCCUCCGAACUCAUCGCAUUGCUCGAGAAGACCCACGACGAGAUGUUUGAAAGGGCAACAAAGGAGAGAGAUUCACGGCUAUCACUGGUGACUAAAUGGGAAGAUUUCAUCUCAGCAUUGGAACUCAAGCAUUUAUUGCUUGCACCAUUCUGUGGUGAUAUACCAUGUGAAGACCGCAUCAAAGGUGACAGUGCAAAGACAGAUGAUGAUCCUACUGCAGAAGUUAAAGCUCCUGCUAUGGGUGCUAAGUCCCUCUGUAUACCAUUCAAGCAACCUAUGGAGCUUACAGAUACAAACCACUGUAUACAUCCUUCAUGCAAGAACAAGCCUAAGUUUAUAACAUUGUUUGGCAGGAGCUAUUAA